AUGCUGGGCUUCCAGUAUGUUGUAGCCAAGUCACGGGAGCUCUCGUCAGUGCUCGAUCGUGAGCUAUCAGCCGCUAGUAACCGCUCCAUCUCCUUCCGUUCCGUCUCAAGCAACUCUUCUGUCGAAAUUGCGGCAUCAAACGGUGUCCCCGUCACUGCAGAAGCGUCAACACCGUCAUCUUUAUCCGUCCAUACUGAGGGUCAUACAUUUCUUCGUGUUCAGCAGAAACUACACGCUCAAACCAUGGCCAAGCAUCAGAAACUAAUGAAGAGUGGCCAGGAACUCGACGCUGCCUUGGCCCAUGCUCGGUUUACACUGCAGACUCAAGUAUCCAGUGAACAAUUCUUAGCUCAGAACUUUCAUCUUGUCUCUAAGGUGCGGCAACAGCUCGCAGGAGUCCGAAAAUUGGUGCUUAGAGUGGCUGGCGAGGCCGAACAAGUGGAGAAUCUAUUGGUGCAGCAUUGUGAGGAAAGUGCAGCCAAGCAAAACGCCGAGUUUGCGGUCAAGCAGCAGCAAGAGCUCGAGAACUUUGAAGCUAGGAUUGCCAAAGAGUCUGAAGGCCGCAAACGCGAGCUGCUCGAGAUGAAACAACAGAAGCUGGCCAGCGUCUUCAUGAACGACUUGAGAACGUAUCAGACGCUUGUGGCGCGUGCUGCAGAUGCAGCGGCUACGGAAGCGACAGUGGUGAAGGACGAGAAGGACGAGAAGGAGAAGGUGACGCUGGACGAUGUGGAUUUGGUCGUCACGGCGGAUUCAGCACAGCUGGACGCGUUUUAUGACUCAGCAUCGGAAGAAGAGGAGGAGCUCCAAAAUUCAAAAUUCUUGACGCCAUCAGUGCCAAGAGAGUUGUUGGAAGAAGAGGAAGAGAAGAGCGAAGAGAUUGAGCUGGAGCUAGAAAACGAGAAAGCUGCUGAAGGGGAGACUACGCCAGAAGCCGUUGAUACAUCGAUGGACCAAAAAGGUGAUGCAAUGGUGAAAGUGGCAGAAGCUUUGAAGACGACGAAGGCCGAAGAAGAGAAUGGAAGAACCGACGAAGGAGUAGCUGAAGAGCACUGA